AUGCAAGCGAUACCCACAGAAGAGCAGCCGCUGAGCAUGGCCCAACCACAGCAAAUUCCAGUACGACCAAAGCGAAAGCGAUCGGAUCGCCCAUCCCAUGAAUCCAUGUCUCAGCUUAUCCGUAAUGUGAAAGGAUGGAAUAUCAUCGAGAUCUCUGCCGGCGGACGAACUGUCAAGGAAGGUGGUCUAGGCACAAAAUACGAAAAAUGGAUUGUUUGCGAGUACCAUCCUGACUGCUUUGUUGGGUUACACCGUGAAUAUACUGUCCUAUCCAUUAUUUCUCAGAUUCGUACCCCGAUCGGUUACCCACGUAUCAUACGCGCCGAUUUCAAGUCUGGUAUCAUUGUACAGACCUCGCCGAAGGUUUUCUGGAGACCACUUUGGCUCCGUAUCAAAGAGCCGGUCCUUGAUCUCGAUUCACUGCUUCAGAUGAAGCGUGAAUUGCUCGAAUAUAUCCGAUUGGUAUACGCUAAAGGUGUUGGAUAUAAAGUCAACCCGAAUAAGCUAUUUCCUCUCAGAAAAUCGGAGGGCGGUUGGCUACUAUAUUUGGGUGGUUGGGGGGAGACGAAGUUAUGUUCGACACCAGAUCGAAUCCAAUCAGCCGUGUGGAACGCACAAAUCCAAUCAGCCGAGUGGAAGGCGCAAGAAACGGAGCAGUUGAACGGGGUAGAGCAGAUGUUCACUGAACUUUGUACUCGGCUGGAUGAAAGGUUAAAGCAAUAG